AUUUUCUGGAAUUCUGUUGAGUCUUUGGUGAUUGUCAAAAGGCGACGUGUGAUGCUCGCAAGAUUCACUGGAUGUGGCAUAGCUUGUCAGAGGUCCCUGGAAGUACAUAUGUACCAGUUGGCUCGUCCUCGAAUGUCGCCUCACACCAUUUAACCCUCGACCACUGGACAACCAUACUCGACACCAAGUGAACACUUAAUAUCUACCUUGACCAUUUCCUACUGCAAUUAUGGAUGUUGUCAAAGAAGCAGCCUCAAAGGCCGCAGAUGCCGGCAAAAAGAUAGAGCAAAAGGUAGAGGAAAAGCUAAUAUUGGUAUGGGACGAGCUAUCGCCAUGGCAGCAAGACAACCAUUACAUUCAAACUGGUUACCGAGCGCAGUCAAAUUCCUACUCCAAGUCGUGGAAGAGCCUUGGAUACUUGCACAACGAAACCGUCAACAUCUAUACGCAUCUCAUCGGGGCUCUCCUAGCAGCUGUGACUGGCAUCGCUCUGUACUUCACAUUGGGACCACGAUACGCGACCGCAACCACGGAGGAUAUGUGGGCCUUUGGGUGCUUCUUUGUCGGAGCAGUGGCAUGCCUGGGUAUGAGCGGAACGUAUCACACCAUCCAAAAUCACUCGCACGAGGUAGCCGUAUGGGGCAACAAGCUCGACUAUCUAGGCAUUGUCUUCUUGAUCUGGGGCAGCUUUGUUCCAGUGCUGUACUAUGCCUUCCAAGAUGAACCCGAGCUGAGGAAAACAUAUUGGGCCAUGAUCACGACGUUGGCAGCGGGAACUUCCAUCGUAUCCACACAUCCCAAAUUUCGCACGCCAGCGCUUCGCCCCUUUCGAGCUCUGAUGUUCGUGCUCAUGGGCCUCUCUGCUGUGUUCCCUGUUUUGCAUGGGAUACAACUGUAUGGAAUCGAACACCUGCGAAGAAGUAUUGGACUGGACUGGAUUCUGUUGCAAGGCGUCUUGUACAUCAGCGGUGCUGCUAUCUAUGCCGCCAGAGUGCCCGAGAAGUGGAGUCCGGGAAAAUACGAUAUUUGGGGCUCCAGCCACCAGAUAUUCCACGUGCUGGUUGUUCUAGCUGCCGCAAGUCAUCUCAACGGCCUCGUCCAAGCUUUUGACUAUGAGCACGGCCAGAGAAGGAGCGAAAUAACGGCUGCGCUGGGGAGCAAGGGGUUGUAGGCUCGGUGAUAUAAAGGGCGACGUGAUUGGGUGCACGACAAUGAGGUUCCCGCUGAACUAUCCUCUGGCUAUCAUGGAUACGAGCACCUCAGUAGCUGUAUUAUUUUCCUUUCUCGUAUGAUAGUAGAUACAUCUGUUUUGUAGAGAUGGAUAUGGCCUUCUUCCAUGGCCUUCUGGAACAUGCGCUUCUGUACAAAUCCAGUAAAACUCUGAGACGGACCGGGGUGUUUUGCGCGAUGCGAACGCCGCACAGACUAGCCGAUGACGCCGUGCCAGCCACCUUCCCCAUGAAAUGCAACACGCGUGGGCCCGGUCCGACCAAUCACAAU